AUGGAUCUCACAGAAAGACCGCCCCCACCAACUGACCUCUUACCCAUUAAUAAAGGAGACUUUAAACACUUGGGACAAGAUCGCUGCCACACAGAGCGGCAUCUCAACCCCAAUUUCACCUUUAAUGCCAUUUGCGUCGGUCCUGAUGGAUUGCCAAGCAUGCCUGGGGAUAUAUGGUCGUGUAAUUGCAAUAACUGCUCCUGUAAUGUUGACACAUUAACUGUAAUCUGCAAGCCCGUCCUGUGCCCCCCAUUAGUUAAUGAGACAUGCACCCUGAAAGGAUACAUUGUAGUACCGAAAGUGGAUCCAGAGAACCCGUGCUGUAUGAAGACUGAGUGUCGGUGCAAUACCUCAAGCUGCAUUCAAAUAGAAGAGAGCUGUCCAAUUGGAUUUAAAUAUGAUGUUACCUAUACAGAAGGCGACUGCUGCUUAAACUACAAUUGUGUACCCAUGGAUGUAUGUGUAGUCAACAACUCAACAUAUCAGCCAGGUGAAGUAAUUCCAAAUACUGACAACCCUUGUGAACGUUGUAAAUGCACUGAUGACAAAGACAACAUGAGUAUGCUAAAUAAAGUAAAAUGUUCAUCCCGUAUUUGUGAUUCGUGCUCACCGGGUUAUAAUAACCAGAUAAUUAAAGGAACAUGCUGUGGCACGUGUAAUAAAGUGUCUUGCAUUAAAACAUUGGAUAAUGGAACAACCAUUUUUCUUGAGUUGAGAAAACAGAAGGAACAAAGGGGCGUCACAUAG